UUUCUCUUACAAUCACAUAAUUUAAAUUUCUGUUCCACGAUAAAGAACAAAGACAUGCCGUCUUGUGGUUCGAAAAAGGUCUUAAGGAUGUUGAAACACCGAUUAACUUGAAUAUGUAUCCGGUUGAAGUGGAGUAUGAAGAAAAUCGGAUUUAUGAAAAUGUUUGUCAAGGAAUCUACCAAGGUGGUAAUUUAGCAAUUGAUAUAACUUGGGCAGGUGGUGAAGAUAUCAAAACAAUAACGAAUAUUGUUGGAAUUCCAUACAUAAAAAUAGAUAUUAGUAUAGGACUUUUCAUAGAACUUCUUGACAAGUAUUUAGAUCAAAGGAAUGCCACCGAUGUAGCUAUGUUAUUUCAAGAUUCCAAUCGCCUUGAUGAAGCACUUUAUUAUUGGGUGCUUUCUGAUAAACCAAGAUUAAUUCUUAUGGAUGUCUUAAAUAAAACUACAAUUGAACAUUUGAAAAGUAUAAGACCAAUGCCGAGCUUUUAUGCGAUUCUUACUACUUCAGCUGCUUUACCACCACUUCUUAAUCUUGCUGUUGAAUCUGGUUUGGCUUCAUUAAUCGAAAGAUGGAACAUAGUACUAUUAGAUUUUUCCAAUGCAAAUUUAGAUGACCUUUCUUCCCACGAAUCUUUAACAAUUUUAAGUUUAGAUAAAAGUUUAUGUUGUUCUUUAUUAAACACACCCAAUUGUCAAUGUCCUUCUGAUUUUAUAAUACAAAAGGAAUUAAAUGUUUACCCUAUAAAACCAGAAUGUAAUUCAACACUUGAUACAAAUGUUUUAGAAGAAUUUAAUGAUCAUCUUUCUUCAGAACUACAACAAAAAAAUUUUAUUACCAAAACAAACGAUACUCUUCGUUUAAUACUUAAAGGUGAAUUCUAUUCAGUUCGUGAUGAAAGUGUUGAAAAAUUGGGCAGUUAUGAUGAGGUUUCUGGAGUUUCUUGGGAACAUUCAGAAGGGCCUUUAAAAAUUAAACGUUAUUUUCGAAUUGGAAUAACUCACGCAAUUCCUUGGGCUUAUAAAAAAUUUACUAAAAACGGCGAAUUCGUUUGGGAAGGAUAUUGUGUUGAUUUUGCUGAAAAACUUUCUCAAUUAAUGGAUUUUAAGUACGAUUUGGUAGAACCUAAACAAGGUAGUUUUGGUGUUAAGAAUAAAAAUGGUGUUUGGGAUGGUUUAGUGGGUGAUUUACAAACUGGCGAAACUGAUUUAGCCAUCGCAGCAAUUGUUAUGACAGCUGAUAGGGAAGAAGUUGUCGAUUUUGUUCCUCCUUAUUUCGAUCAAUCAGGAAUAUCUAUCGUCAUGAGAAAACCAAUAGUUAAAACAUCAUUAUUUAAAUUUAUGACCGUUUUAAAACUAGAAGUAUGGUUAAGUAUUGUAGCAGCUUUAACAGUUACCGGUUUUUUAAUUUGGUUCUUGGAUAAAUACUCACCUUAUAGUGGUCAAAAUAAUAAAGAAAAAUAUCCGUAUCCAUGCAGGGAAUUUACUCUUAAGGAAAGCUUUUGGUUCGCAUUAACAUCCUUUACACCUCAAGGAGGUGGUGAAGCUCCAAAAUCACUCUCUGGAAGAGCUUUAGUUGCAGCUUAUUGGUUAUUUGUGGUAUUAAUGUUAGCUACAUUUACUGCAAAUUUAGCUGCAUUUUUAACAGUCGAAAGAAUGCAAACUCCAGUUCAAUCUUUGGAUCAAUUAGCAAAACAAUCCAGAAUAAACUACACCGUUGUAGAAAGUUCUGAUACUCAUGAAUAUUUCAUCAAUAUGAAAAAUGCUGAAGACACUUUAUACAGAUUAUGGAAAGAAUUAACAUUAAAUGCUUCAACUGACGGAACUCAAUAUAGAGUAUGGGAUUAUCCAGUUAGAGAACAAUACGGUCAUAUUCUCUUAGCAAUAAACGAUUCGAUUCCCGUUAAAACCGCUGCGGAAGGUUUUAAAAAAGUAAACGAACGUACCGAUGCUGAUUUCGCUUUUAUUCACGAUUCGGCUGAAAUAAAAUAUGAAAUCAGCAAAAAUUGUAAUUUUACUGAAAUCGGUGAAGUAUUCGCUGAAAAACCAUAUGCAAUUGCCGUUCAACAAGGAAGCUACAUAACCGAUGAACUAAGCAGACAAAUUCUAACAUUGCAAAAGGAUAGAUUUUUUGAUUAUCUUCAAUCAAAAUAUUGGAAUAAUUCUUUAAGAACUGAAUGUGAGGAUAAUGAAGAUAAUGAAGGGAUUACACUAGAAAGUUUAGGUGGUGUUUUUAUUGCGACACUUUUUGGAUUAGCUUUGGCAAUGUUAACAUUAAUUGGUGAAGUAAUUUAUUACCGGCGAAAAAGGAAGAAUAGGAAGGUUACCGAUAUCAGUAAGAAAAAAGGAAUUAAAACAAUUUCGGUAAAUCCAAAACCAAAUGUGAUCACUUUUGGAAGUUCUUUUAAACAACGAAAACCAAACAUUAAUCGUUUAUCACCGACGACAACUCAAGCUUUAUGGGAUUCGUUGGGAAAAGCAGAUCAUGAUAAACCACCACACCAAUUCACUAAUUAA